AUGCGUCCCACCCAAUUUCCCGUUUCGACGACUCGUCUCUGGUCGAACGAGAUGAACGACCUUGUUUCCCACACACUGGGAUGGCACCUUUCCGGUGUCGAAGUAGAGCUUGCGGGUGUGGAGGAUUCCUCCAUCACCCAAUGGAACGUAGAUAUGGCGGCCAUAGCGGCAUCAGGUGCUGUGCCGAUUGUCGAGAUAGAGCUCGAUCCUGUCCCGAAUGGACGAAGCGUGGGCGCGAAGAAGGCCGGCGCCACCAGGAAGAGGAAUGCCAAGGCCGCCGAGGAGAAGAAGGAUGAGGACGAGGAUGAUGAGGAAGAGAAGCCAAAGAAGGCCAAGACAACCAAGAAAGCAAUCGACAAGUCCUCCGCCUCCACCUCCACCUCCACCACACCGCAACUCCCCGUCUCCCGACGCAGCCUCCGAAGCAAUGCGAACUCUCUUUCUGGCGCCGACUCCACAACCUCAUCAGGCAGCGGCAAGAGCAACGGCAACGGCAGCAGCAGCACCACCACCACCAAGUCAUCCAGGUCCUCUCUCGACAGCGUCAACGAAGUAUCCGAGACCUCCGACGGCUCCGACAGCAGCGCAUCCUCCCACGAAGCAGCCAACUCCAACAUGGUGGUCGAGUCCUGCACAAUGAUGGGUCCGGGCGCAUCCACCGAUGCUCUGUUGGAAAAAGAUGGUCAUUGUUGA